GUUCAGAGCAGAGAUCAGUGUGUGGAAACCAGAGCAGGAGAUUCAGACAGAAAAAAGGAAGAGUUUAUCCUGUGGAGAGAAGACUUGCUGCCUAAAUUGUUAAAUCAGAAUGUUUGCUCUCAUCUGGGUGAUUCUGCUGUUUGCUGACAGAGUUGCAGGUUCUAGAACAGAGACACCGAAAAAAAGCUCAACUGUGACCUCUAAUUCUUCAGCUGCAGUCCAAAGUACUGUGGCCACCAACGCUACCAGCACCAAUGUUAGCGCAACUACACAGGAGACAAAAACCUUCACCAGCACCAUCACUGUGUCUCUGAAACCCUUUCACAACACCACUAAGUGUGUCAGCGAUAACAGUAAUGGAGCAGCAAAUCUCAGCAAUACAACAGAUCUAUGGGAUACAUUCUUACGUAUUGUUCAAGAGCAGAAAGUCUACACUGCAGCAUUGGUGGGGUUUGUGGUUGGGAUCUUUCUUUCAUCAAUCUUUCAUUGUUUGGUAGCAAAAUCGUGCAGAAAAAAACAGAAGACAUCUGAAAAUCUGUCUGAGAACCUGGAGAUGGUUACCACUGAAGCUGUUCCAAUGAUGGAUCCUGAUCAAGCAGCAGCAUAUGAUGAGAUCCAUGAGCCACAGGCAGCUGAAGGAGAAGCUCAGUGUGAUGGGCAGUCAUGGCCUGAUGGUGAUCUAGCACCCAAAGAGGUGGAGUACUCUGACAUUAACUUCUCUGCAAUAAAAACCAGGAAUCCUGAAGAGGCAGAGAACAGACAGGAUAACACUGACACAGAGUAUGCUGAAAUAAAGAGAGAAGAAAAGAGACAAGAGAACAGCCAAGAGGACAGUGAAAUGCUGGAGGGCAAUGAAGAGAAGGAGCUGAUCACUGGGGAGGAUAAUGAUGCAAAAAAGGCUGAGGAGGAGGGAGGUGGGGAUGUGGCACUGUAUUCCAGUGUGGAUGAAAUAAUGGGUUAGGUAUGAGAACCAUGCAUUUUAGAAAUAAACUGAUUGUGAAGCAUCCAUUACAACCAUUGCAGGUAGAAGAUGAAGUAUUUAGGGAAAGAUGAGGGUAGUACAGUACAGUGCAAUCACUGUAUGUGUUGAGAUAUACACUAUAUUGCCAAAAGUAUUUACCACUCUGCCUUAACAUGCAUAUGAACUUAAGCAGCAUCCCAUUCUUAAUCCUUAGGGUUUGAUAUGAUGUCAGCCCAUCCUUUGAAGCUAUUACAGCUUCAACUAUUCUGGGAAGGCUUUCCACAAUGUUUAGAAGUGUGCUUAUGGUGGCGUGCUCUACACCACUGCAGCCAAUACUUUGCAUUGUACUUGGUGAGGUAAGGCUUUGAUGCAGUGACCUCUGCGUAUUAUGCACCACAGCAUCAUUUUACCACUUUGUGGCUGAGUUGCUGUUGUUCCCAAAUCACUUGCACUUUGUUAUGAUACCACAAACAGCCGGCUGUGGAAUAUUUAACAGUGAGGAAAUUUUCACAACUGGACUUGUUGCACAGGUGGCAUCCUGGAAUUCAAUGAGCUCCUGAGAGCGACCCAGUCUUUCACAAAUGUUUGCAGAAGCAGUCUGCAUGCCGAGGUGCUCGGUUUUAUACACCUGUGUAUAAAAUUCAGAACACCUGAAUUCAAUGAUUUGGAUGGCUGAGUGAAUACUUUUGGCAAUAUAAUGUACCUAUGUAUACUGUAUCAGGCAAAAUUAUCAGCUUCAUGUAACAGUCAAGCAUUUCGUCACUUCAAACAAUCUCAGUCCUAAAUAAGGCAAAUGCAGCUGACAUUGAAUUUAACUAAGCUCAGAGUGAAUGUCAUAAUUAUUUGUAAUUAUUUUGUUCAGUUACAUUAUUGACUGUGCCACAGUGGAGGAGGGGCGAGAACACAUUUGCUGCUGUGGUCCCAAAAAUCCAAUCUUGUUUUAAACCUUAAAAAGCUAACAGCCCAUGGCUCAGGAAUGGUGUCCAUAGGUUGAGUGCUCCUGAGUAAGAGUAAGAGACUAUAACUGUCAUGUGUGAAUUCACACAUGACAGUUAUAGUCUCUUACUGUGUCAAAUGUGAGAACCGGAAGUUCAGAUACAAUGAAAUAUGAUCAUGUCUUAUAAGGAAGUACAUAAAUAUAUACUUCAGUGACUCUUGUGAGAACAGUAACUGCAGACUAUACUAAUAAUUACUGUACAUACAUUAAACAUGUAACUGGGUGCAUGCAGGUACUUUAAGAAUUCAUUAACUAAUGUAUUUUUAGUAAUAUUUGUUUAUGUAGUUCUGAUAUAUGAGUUAUGCACAUCAUACUUUGAACAGUAUUCAUUGUGCUGCACGAGGAAAAUAGAAAGAAGCCAACCAACUCACGGUUUAAACUACUGAUGCAGAGAUAAGAUAUUAGUAAGUUUGGUGGUUCCUCAACAUGACAACAGUUUGUUUCUCUUUUUUUUUUUUUGCAACUCUUGUGUACUUCCUUUUUCUAAAUGUUUUAUAUCACUUCUAUAAUAGACAGUGCUACAAUUAAAAUGCUUUCUUUUUCAGUGUUCUUAUUUACAUUCCUAUUAUAUACUGUGACAGCCUGAGAUUGUGGAAGUGGUGUAGUGUGAAGAGAAGAGCAGUUAUACUCUGCAGUUAAUGUAUGCGCAAGCUUUUUUAUUUUUUUAAGAAAUUGAAUAAAUGGAAGCAAAUUCUUGGGUGAUCGUCUCAAAGUUUUGAGACAGUUUUGGUAUGUUAUUCAGAGCUGCUGUUGAGCACUUUUGGGGGGAAUCCAAAAUUAAUCCUCAGGGGACAACAGUAAUCAAAUUUAGUCACGUCAGUAUGGAAAAUAUGAAUGUGCAACUUCCUGUAUUAACAUCUGUGUUGACAGCUUUGGACCUGUUUCCUGUGCAGUUUGACAACCAAACUUCCUGUAUGUGUUUUUCUUUUUUUAAAUAAAAAUAUUUA